GCUCUCCAGAUAUCCUGCUAUCAAGGAUGUAAAUGUGGUUGAAUGUUUAACAUGACUGCCUGCCUUUUCCACUCAACAUGACUGCAGCAAUGCUCCUCACUGUGCUGGUGUCCCUGUUUGCAGUGACUUUCUGUGAAGACAACGUCACCCUUUCAGUGGAUAUAAACACAAGUGCUGCACACCGGACAAGUUUGGUUACAGAGAAGAAUAGUGCCAGUGUGAAAGCCUCCACCAACACAGAACCGCCUCCAUCAACAACACUACAGACUACCAAUGCAAUCACUACAAAGACAGGGUCAUCAGCAUCACUGCAGCCUUCCCCACAAACUCCCAAGAGGACAGAAGAAACUCUUCCCAGUGUCACUCCUCCUCCUCAGACAACAACAACCAACAACACAUCUAACGAGACAGUUUCCCACGAAGCAACACUCCCACCAGCAUCAGACUCAGCAAAAGUCCCUGCAGCCUCCACUGCAAACACAACCAGCCAAGGUCUUUCACCUGAAUGGACAAAUGGUGACUUGGAAAAAAAUCCUGGCCUUGUGGCCAUACUCUGCAUCUUCUGUAUUGUCUUUAUCCUUCUUCUAAUUGUUGCCACCGUGAAAUGUAUCCAAUCACCAAGGUCCAACUUCGAGAGGCUCGAAGACGUGCCGAUGAGCAAAGUGAAUGAGGCGUCUCCGUUCGCGCAGUACUCAAAAUGACGGACACUUCACUAGACAUCCUAUCUGCAGUACAACUCUGAUGAUUCUGUGCAGAAAGAACCUAAAAAUGUUGUUUACAAAAGACAAUGUUUAUGUUUAUCUCAGGCUUGUUUCUUUACAUAUCCCUUUUUUCAAUGACAGUAGAGUAUUUCUGCUUCAGCUUUGACCUUUUACCUGCUGGUUUGGCUGCUUUUAAUACUGCUGACUGGAGCAGAAUCAACUUUUGCCCUAUUUCUCUACAGUUUAUUUUGAAAGUAGAAUCAGCCUUAAUGGUACAGAUGUAAAUUGAAUGUUUUCCAUAUUGGUGAUGUAUUACUUUGUAAGCACUUUGUAGAAUUCAUAAUUGCACUCUUACACGUCACAAGUGAUGUUACAAAAACACAGUACAUUUAAAAUGUACGUGAUGAUUUAGGGAUUUUUAUCAACAAUGUACAGGAAGAUGUACUUCCUGUGUGGAAAGUAUACAGUAAAAUGAUGUUAUCUGGAUACAUGCUUUUUUGGGCAAUCAAUAUUAUUAUUAUAUGUAUUGUUAUUAUUAUUGUUAUACAUAACAAAACAUAACUGUAAGUGGAAUGAACAAUUACAUGUGAAAUAUAUUAUAUUAUGUAUUGUCGCAUGUGGUAUAUAAAUAAUGUAUACCCUGGCCUGAGACGUCCAGAGAAGUUUAUAGUUGAAUCCUAAAAUACUUUAGAUGAAGAAACAAACACUUUGAGUUGUGUUAAAUUUCAAAAGGAACAGUAAACAUCACAAAUAAAUGUAACUAUUUUGACCCAAGAACACAAAGACUGCCAACUUAUCAAGAAAAGAGAUGGAAAAAAGGACUAAGGUUACAUGAGAAGACAGGCUAGAAAGAAUAACAUCAAAUGUAGGUAUUGUACUUGGUUUGCUGAAGCUGCAAAUUAGUGUUUAUUUGGCUGUGACUAAAUCAAAGACACAAAGGGAUUUGACUGUAUAUCUCUUCACAAACAAUGUUGACACAUGUAAUUCUUUACUGAAGCUUAUGUGUCUGUCAAAGCUGCUGUUCCUUAUUUAUUUUAUUUGUAUAAACAUGCAUACUUUUAUAGUAAUGACUGAGACACUCAGCCUUUUCUAAAUCAGGGAUAUUUUAACACUACUCUAUUUGACUUUUCUGUCAAGUAAUUUUUCUGCAUGCUUACAUUCAGGGAUUGCACUAAAAUCAAGCUUUUAAAAAGUAUAGAUGAUCACCAUAUGACAGAGCCUUUUUGAGUGCAUUAACACUCACUGUCAGAAUAUGAAAAGCACAUUAUUGUGGUGUUUUCAAUAAAAUAACACAACAACUCAUAAAACA